CUCCUCCCCUUCUUCUCUUUCGAUACAGAAGAAUCUGUAGCAGACCAAAAUAUGGAACCAACAACUCUUCAUCACCAAAAGUUGAAACCACCACCAACUUCCUUUAAUCAAAAACCAAGAAUGUGAAAGGAUCAACUCCCUUCAUCAACAAAAAUUGCAAAUAGUGCUCUUUUUUAUUCUUUCUCUUCGGCAGCUUGCUUGAAAUCUAGACCCAUCUCUCAUCAACAACUUUUGGCAUAUAUCUGUUCAUCAUUAUUAAAGGAAGGGUUUAGGUAUGAGAGAGAAGGAGAAGAAAAAGAAAGAGAAAGAGAAAGAGCCGGUAGCCGGUUGUAAGAGAAAGGCGAGAGUUAUCUGACAUGAAAAGAUUUCCCACAUGGCAUCCAAUGAUAUGAAGGAGUUGUGAGUCCUGAGUACUCCGGGAGUACUAGAAAUUUUUCCGUCGAGUAGAGGCUACUCCUGCAAUUCGCUCUAACGCAUGGCGUUUUGUUAUUGAAAGUAGCACCAGCUGACAUGGCCGACAUGAGGAAGACGCAUGGUGCAAAAAUGGCACGCUUUGUUCAUCACCUGAAAUUUGUCUUGGUCUUCUAUCUGUGUUGGGUUGUUUAUGCUCAACCAUUUAAAGCAGUGAGUUUAGGGAAUUGGCUUGUAACAGAGGGUUGGAUGAAACCCUCUCUCUUUGAUGGAAUACCAAACAAUGAUCUUUUGGAUGGGACCCAAGUUCAAUUCACAUCAACAAAGUUGCAGAAGUAUAUAUGCGCAGAAAAUGGUGGAGAAGCCACUGUGGUUGCCAACCGACCCUUAGCUUCUACUUGGGAAACUUUCAGGUUGUGGAGGAUCAAUGAGAAUACUUUCAACUUUCGGGUGUUUAACAAACAGUUUGUGGGAUUGUCACAACAAGGCCUAGGAGUGGAUAUAGUAGCUGAAACAAACGAACCUGGAAGCACCGAAACAUUCCAGAUUGAAAGAAAAUAUGAUGAUCCAUAUCGAGUUCGGAUUAAAGCCAGCAACGGUUUUUACCUCCAGGCAAUAUCAGAGACGCAAGUCACUGCAGACUAUCAAGAUAGUGGGUGGGAAGAUGAUAAUCCUUCAGUCUUUAUAAUGACAAUUGUACACAUGUUGGGUGGUGAAUACCAGAUCACAAAUGGUUAUGGUCCAGACAGAGCAUCUCAAGUCUUGGAGGAGCACCGGAACACUUACAUCACCGCCGAUGAUUUCAGAUUCUUAUCGGAAAACGGAUUGAAUGCCGUCAGGAUUCCCGUUGGUUGGUGGAUUGCCAAAGAUCCAGCACCACCAUUGCCAUUUGUUGGGGGAUCCGUGAACUUCUUGGACAAUGCUUUUACAUGGGCACAAAAUUAUGGGAUGAAGGUAAUCAUAGAUCUUCAUGCGGUUCAAGGUUCACAAAAUGGCAAUGAUCAUAGUGGUACAAGAGAUGGAUACCAGGAAUGGGGAGAUUCCUACAUUCAGGAUACUGUGGAUGUCAUAGACUUUCUAGCCCAAAGAUAUGGUAAUAAUCCAAGCCUUGCAGGAAUAGAGCUAAUGAAUGAGCCUUUUGCACCAGGAGUGAGUUUAGGGACCCUCAUAAAGUAUUACCAAGCUGGUUAUGAUGCAGUGAGGAAAUACACAUCUAGUGCUUAUGUCAUUUUAUCAAACAGAUUGGGACCUGCAGAUUCCAAAGAGCUUCUGUCAUUUGCAGGAGGCCUCAGUAGAGUAGCUAUUGAUGUUCAUUACUACAACCUAUAUUCAGAUUUCUUCAAGACCUUGGAUGUUCAACAGAACAUCGAUUUCAUUUAUAAUCAACGAUCUUCUGAUCUCCGCGCUGUCACCACAUCCAAUGGACCCCUUGUAUUUGUUGGUGAAUGGACUGCGGAAUGGGCAAUAAAUGGAGCAUCAAAGGAAGAUUACCAAAGAUUUGCAAAAGCUCAAUUAGAUGUUUACGGAGGCGCAAGUUUUGGAUGGGCAUACUGGGCAUAUAAUUGUGACCAUGACCACUGGAGCCUCAAGUGGAUGAUUGAGAAUAACUAUAUAACGCUCUGAAUCAGUCCCAUUAUACAUUUAUACUAAUCAAUUUCCUUGUAUUUCUCGUCCCAAUGAAUAAUGUAGACCUUAUGCUACAGUUGUAUACUUGGUCUCUGUUUUAGUAAAGCUUUAAAGUAGAGUUUUUUUUUUUUUCA